AUGACAUCUGAAAAUGAUGAUGACGUUGGGAAACUAGCAAAAUCUCUUGAAAAAGUAAACGACCCAAACAGUUUUUCGGGCUUAGAGUCCUUUUCGAUAACCUUGGAUGAUACAGAAAAUUUAGAACAAUUAGGCCCCAUCAUCAAAAAUAUUACCGAGACAGGGAAACAAACAGCUUUUUUGAAUGCAUUAGAUGUUUUAAUUCGAAAAAACGAUGGAGAAAUUGAACGCAUGUGUAAUGCACAUUAUCAGGAAUUUGUCCAUGCUGUAGACCAACUAUUAAAAGUACGACAAGGUUCAGUUGAACUUCGUAAAAAACUUACAGAAGUAAACAAUACUUUACAAAAUGGAGGUAGAAAAUGGGCAGAAAAAAAACGUGAGUUAACUAAUGCAAGAAAAGUACAACAAAAUGUAGAGGAUGCUAUUGAAGUACUACAGUCAAGUUUAAAUGUUUUAGAAUUAGCUAAUAAAGUAAAUGAGCAAUUAGAACAAAAGAAAUAUUAUUCAGCUCUGAAGACAUUAAAUGGACUAGAAAAUGACAGAUUAGGACAUAUAACUCAAUAUACUUUUGCGAAAAUAUUAGCACAAGGUGUGCCUGUUAUGCAAAAUACAAUCAAGAAUACAGUCACCGUUGAAUUAAAAGAAUGGCUUGCAAGGAUACGUGAAAUAUCUCGACAGAUUGGAAAUUUAGCAAUGCAAAGGAUGCAAGAAAGACAGGAGAAAUGGAAAAUGAAAACAUCAGAAAAUCCUAAAUUAAAGAAUCUUCAACAUCAUCAGGUCAAUUCAGCCAUUGAAAUGGUUGUUAAUGAAGGCUUAGAAAAUGAAAUAAAUAUCGAUUUCGAACCACUUUAUAAAUGUAUUCAUGUGUAUGAAACUUUGGAAAAAAGAAAUGAAUUCAAGACGUCUUAUUCUGAAGAUAGAAGAGCACAGGCUAAUUUAGCUUUAUCAGCACCGAUUAACUUACAAGACGGUAAUUUAACGACUUUUGACUUUUUACUUCAAGAUAUCGUAGGAUUUUUUAUUAUUGAGCAUUUGAUAUUACAUAAUACAACUGAUUUUAGAAGUCAAGCAGAAGUAGAUGGAUUAUGGGAAAUGGUGACAGGCAAAGUCAUUUUAGUUGUAUCAGAAAGUUUAAAGGGCUGCAAAGACCCCGAAUUAUUCCUAAAGAUCAAGCUUUCCUUGUUAAUUUUUAUCCAGACGUUAGAAGGCUUUGAUUAUUCCGUGAAACCUUUACAGGAAACAUUGUUAACUCUUUUUCAAAGAUAUUCGGAGUUACUCAUAAGUCAAUACAGUGAAGUAUUUGAGAAGAUUGUACAAGAGGAUGAAUGUAUGCCGAUGACAGUAGAGAAUGAAGAAGAAUUAAAAGAAGUAAUGCAAUAUACCCGAUUUCGACCUGAUCGCGAAUUCAUCAAACGAUAUGGCUUUCCUCUUCGUUUGCCAUUUUCAAAAGUAUUCCCAACUUGUUGUCGAGAUGUUAGUUUUUUUGUACAUCAAUUUUAUCAAUUUGCAGAAGGUUUUAGUCAGACACAUGGUGAAAUGGAUGAUAUCCUCAAAAAGGCCGUGGAUAGUUUAUUAAUUCAAAAAGUGAAUGCUAUUCUAUUAAAGAAAUUAGAAUCUACAAACUUAUCACAAAUUGUACAAAUCAUCAUCAAUAUCGAGUAUUUUGAAUCCACUUGCCCAGAUUUCGAAAUGUUAUUAAUGGAGACACGUUCAUUUCAUAGAUCAGGACAUAUUUACCUUAAGGCUACUUCUACCUUUACAGAUACCCGUCGCAAAGCAGAGAAACGUAUUUUCGAGCUUGUUAAUUCAAAACUAGAUGAAUUUUUAGAAUUACUUGAAUAUGAUUGGGAAACGGACGAGAUCCAAAGACAACCCAGUCCUAAUCUACAGGAUUUAGUCACAUUUCUAACCAAUGUUACUAAUGCAGCUUUAUUAAACUUACCAGAAACGAUAAAAAGUUUAUUGUAUUUUGAUGCUUUAGAACACUUGAGUCAGUCAAUGAAGAGAUUAUUAUUAGAUACUGAUUAUCGUCACUUGACAAGGAUUGCAUUAGAUAAUUUUAAUACAGAUGUUCGAUUUAUUGAAGACUUUGUAAAUAACUUGGGCGAUCCUACUGUGAUGGAUAGCUUUGUAGAAUUAAGACAGUUAUUAAAUCUCGCCAUUUUAUCAGAUAAUCCAGAAGAAUAUCUUACACCUCAAAUAAGAAAUAAGAAAUACAAUCGAUUAAAUAGUCGAGAUGUGAUUGUUUUGUUUGAAAAGUAA